AAGAAGAAGAAGAAGAAGAAGAAGGAUAGGAGGAAUAAGAGAAAACCUAGGGUGGGGGAAAACCUAAAUGGAAGUACGGAACAGCUACUAAUGGAUAACGAGACGGAGAAGAAAUUGCCGGUGCUUAAGGAAAACGAUGAAAAGGAGGGGAUCAGAAGUGAAUUCCAGCAUAAUGUCGAUGACCAGAAAGUUUCAGCGGAUCGGACGGUGGAGAUUCAAGGGAAGUAUAAGGGCUUGUCACUCAAUGGAUGGCGAGAGCGCAAUGUGAGAUCGACGGUGAAGAUUCAAGGGAAGUAUGAGGGCUUGUCACUCAACGGAAGGCGAGAGCGCAAUGUGAGGUCGACGUUGGAGAUUCAAGGGAAGUAUGAGGGUUUCUCACUCAAUGGGUGGCGAGAGCGCAAUGUGAAGUCAACCGUGGAGAUUCGUGAUAAUUAUCAGAGGAAUUGGAAUUCUGGUCGGCCCGAUCGCUGGAAAAUGUGGAAGCAGAGAGAUUGUAACUUUGUGUGGGUUAGGAAAGGAGAGGUUUCUGAUACUAAUGGUCCUGAAAUUCCAAGCUCAGGUUCACGAAUGGAGACUAGGGAGGGCAAGAAGAAAAACAAUGGCCAGUUGAAGCACAGGGAUCGCAAUUAUAGCGCAUAACUGAAGCUUGUCUUCUAUAUUGGUUCUGUCACUGAUGCAUUUCAUUUCUGCCGUGGUGAAUCUCUAUAGAGUUUAGAUAUUUUGUAUGUUAGGAUUAAGCUAUUAAGAGUGUUGUUUUUAUGCUUUUGUUCUACUGUAUAUAGCUUUCUUUCCUGUUGGCAUCUCUUUGAAUCAUUAUUGAUAUGGCUUGAAUUGGCCCGUGUUUACAUGCAUAUCCUUACUUUUUUUGGGAGUUGAGGUAGUGAUCACUUGACCUGAUAUUUUCUGGAUGCACUUUAUAUGCAUUGACUACUGCCAUUGGUAUUG